CAGGGCAUGAAGUGGGGCUUCCUGGCUACAGCUGGCCUGCCUGAAGAGCCCUACGGAGAGCCGGCAUGGAGGAGGAGGAGGAGGAGCCCAUGGAAGAGGUGCCGGAGGAGGGGGCCUCGGAGCCCCCCGUCUCGGAGGAGGAGCAGGAGCAGGGGGGGGAGGAGGAGGAGGACGCCGCGCUGCUGCGGACCUCCUCCACCGCCCUGGAGGUGGAAGAGGAGCUCAUCGUGCCGACUUCCACCACGGCCGAGGACGACGACGACGACGAGGACACGCUGGAGCCCCGGUCCACCACCUCCCGAGAAGAGGGGGAGCGGGGGGGCCUCCGGGACACCUCGCUGCUGCUGCCGCCGCCGCCCUCCUCCUCCGAGGACGAGAGCUCCGAGUCGGGAGCCCCCCGAGAGCAGAGGAGCCCCCCGAGCGGAGCGUCUUCGCCGCCGCCGCCGCCCCCUCGGGAGGACCUCUCCUCCGCCCCCUCCUCGCUGACCACGUCGCCUCUUCCCUGGAAGGUGCCCCCGGAGGAGGGCGACGUGAGCGCGGAGGCCGAGCGGGGCCUCCCGGCCGCGGAGAGCUCCGGCAGCAGCCCCCCGCGGGACCAGCAGCUGGAGCUGAAGAAGGCCAAGAAGAAAGUCGCGGCCAAGAAAGGGGCGCUGAACUACACCGUGAGGCCCGUCGUGCCAGCAGAAAAGGCCGAGCUGCUGUCGGUGGCCAAAGCCAUGCACCGCGAGAACUUUGGCAAGAACGUCAAGGAGCUCUUCCACCUGGAGAAGGAGGCAGCGCUGAGGUCCAUCGAGACAGGAGCUCUGCUGCCAGGGACCGAGAGGCUGCUCUGGACGGGAUGCGGAGAAGCAAGCCCAAACUCAAUCCAGAGAAGACGGAAGUGCUCUGGGUUGGGAAAACGGAUCAUCCGAGUAGUGAGGUCUCUACAUUGGCUGGCGCUGCCCAGAAUACCUGUGGGACUGCUUCCGCGUGGGCGACGAGUCCAAGUGUUUCUGUGGGCAUCUGCUGAAGCAACAUCAGGUCUACGUAGAGCGGCGGGCAACCGUGCCCUGCACCCUCCCCGGCUGCCGCUGCCCGGGCUUCACCUUCAUCCCAUCCCACCCGGAGGAAGUGGGCGAAUUCUGGCUGCGGAGGAGGACCGGGUUCGAUCCGGCUGGCUGGAGGGCCAAGUGCCGCUGCAAGCACACUCACGAGGAGCACGCCCCGGCCGGAGCCCGCUCCUGUGGGGCCCGAGGGCCCCGCAGGAUUCUGGAGAAGGACGACAAGAAGGCCUGAGGGUGGCCUGCAGCCGGGACUCCUCCUCGUGCCGCUGGAAGGCAAUAAAGAGAGCUUGCUCCCAGCACGGCGGCAGCGGUCUCUGGGUGUGUGUGUGGCGGGGCGCUGGGGGGGGGCGCUCUGGCCCCCUGGCCUCCAUCCCAGGCUGCAGGCCUUGCAGCCAGCAGAGCGUCUUUCCGGGGGGGGGACUCAGGGAGCCAAGCAGAGAGCCCAGCAUGGCCCAGGCAGGCAGCCCUCUCCUGGCUUGGCUGAGAACCCUGCCUCCAUCCUUCAGAGCAUCGAGACAGCCCUGCUGGAUCAGGCCCAAGGAAGCCCGCCUAGUCCAGCAUCCUGUUUCACACACGAACCCACCAGAUGCCUCGGAGAAGCCCACAGGCAAGAGGGGAGGGUGUCGAGGAACAGUUGCCUAGGCCACCACUUUGCCACCACGUGUGGAGGCUCUGCCCUGCUGGUACCACGAGACACGGAUCUCCCCGGAAACUACCCGUUGAACUGCUGCCACCAAGUCGACUUUUGUGCUUUAGGCCGAGUCUCCCACAGCAGCCUUUCAAACUUCUGUUCCCAAAACAAACUUUGGUAGAGGGGGGGUAUAGAGGCCUAGAGGUGCUGGAGAAACAGAAGCUACAGUUUUUCGAUAAACAAGAAAUUUUACUUGGCAAUUAGUUCCAUCAAAAUUUGCUUCACAAGCUUAGUAUAUAAAAAACAAAACCAUCAACCAAAGGAGCAUAGGGAACAAGCAAAAGGUGCUCAGGAAUGCCUCCACGGACCUGACUCUCACGGAGCCCUAACUCCGAGGCCUGGGUGAUGACACCCGUAGCAACAAUUAGUUCUUCUCCCUCAGUUCAGCCUCCGGUUCUGUCCUUUCCAGGGCUUGGUGCUUUCCUCUCUGCAGAGAUUUCACUUCUCUGCCGGUGAUUUUAACAGCUCUGUGCCAGCAGUUCUUUAGUCCUGCAGUGGGGGCGGAGGCACCAUUGGCCCAAGGGGUUCAAAGAACCCGGGCCGCGCCCAAUCAGGGGCCAUGCCCCCCCCGCGCCUGACGUCAGACGCGGGGGUGCUGGUUUAGCUCCAGAGCGGGGGCCACGCGGCCCCUUCGGGAGCUAAACUGAGGCUGGCACUGCGUUCACAGUGCAGCCAGGAGCGGCUCUUCCCCGCAUGGCCCCUUCGGGGGUUGAACUCUGGGAGCCAGACCACGCCACCCACGGCUGAUGUCAGACGCGGGGGCGGGGUCAGCCGCACCCAGGCCGCCGGCCGGCGGUCAAGCUCCGCCACUGUCCUGCAGCCUCUCUUCCUCCAAAUCUUCUGCUUUGACUGCAAGCUGAACUCUUCUCUCGGUCUGCAAGACACUCUCCAACUCUUUCCAACUCAGCUUCUUCACUCAUCAGCUGGUGACUUCAGACCAGUGUUGUUCCAUACUGGAAACCGAAAUUCCCUACCAGAGGCCCAGAAAUUCCCUAACUGCCCUUGAAACUCCCUGCACGAAUUAAAAAUUAUAUAUGCAAUAGACAGAAAAUUGAUCAGUUAUUUCUAAGUUUUCUCUCUCUCUCAAAACAAUUUUUACUCAGCAAAAGGCCACACACUUCCCAUCAUCAUCCCAUAGCAAAACACUCUACAGAAGAAUAUAUACUCGAUCGAGUUCAAAAUAAUAAGAUGUGUUUAUUUAAGAAGUAAGUAAGUAUGUGUGCACUUUAGGAAUACACAACAAUACUCCACGUCGCGAUUUCAGUUCUUGGGUAGCAAUGAUGUAAAAUAUAAGGCAACAAUUCUGCAACUCUGAUAUACCUGGUUUGUUUUUGGUAACAGACUCAAGGGUUUCCUCACAUUCUUCCCCAAUGGCAAAAAAAAUGUGGGGGUCUGCUUCAGGAAUUUCUGCUACUCUUUCCCCCAAUUGGCCAGCUAAAAUGUAAUUUUGCAUCAUAGUGAGAAUGAUUUUCUCACUUUCCUGCUGAAUACUAUAUACAAGAACAUUUUUCGUUUGAAACAGAGCAUUGGAAGUGUCAAAUACCUGCAGGGAGUAUUUCAGGCUUUGGCCCGCCUAGGGAUUUCUUGGCUCCUGCAAACAUAGGUCAGCCCUGACCAGCCUGUCUUUUGCACUAGCAGAUGUGAAGAAUUGCAGCAGCAAACACACCCGGAUGAGGAGGAGCUAACCAGCUCGUGUUCAGUGGUUUCAGUCAUUUGCACCAUCUAGUUGUAGUUGCUCAAAAGGCAGAAAGUUAUCUCCUCUAGUCAGAUAAAGGAACAACAGGAAAAUAAACUAUCUAAAACUCCCUGCAUCACUUGGAUU